AUUUUAUGAAAAUGAGUUUUGUAGUUUGUGAUAAAUGUAUAAUGUAUAUAAUUGUUUGAAUGUCAGUCUAUACUGGUAAAAAAAUUAGAACCUUUAUGAGUGGACCAUCAGCUGAACGCUUUGAUUUAUGGUACACCUACACUAAGUCAAAAAAUUGGGUGCACCGAGCUGCACAUUUCGGAGCUGCACAUUUCAAGCUGCACAUUUCUUCCCAGCUGCACAUUUCAAGCUGCACAUUUCGGAGCUGCACAUUUUGGUGCACCGAGCUGCACAUUUCGGAGCUGCACAUUUUGGUGCACCGAGCUGCACGUUUCAAGCUGCACAUUUCGGAGCUGCACAUUUUGGUGCACCGAGCUGCACAUUUCGGAGCUGCACAUUUUGGUGCACCGAGCUGCACAUUUCAAGCUGCACAUUUCGGAGCUGCACAUUUUGGUGCACCGAGCUGCACAUUUCAAGGUGCACAAUUUGGUGCGACAAAUUUUGGUGCACCGAGCUGCACAUUUCAAGGUGCACAUUUUAGUGCAGCAAAUUUUGGUGCACCGAGCUGCACAUUUCAAGGUGCACAUUUUGGUGCGGCAAAUUUUGGUGCACCGAGCUGCACAUUUCAAGGUGCACAUUUUAGUGCAGCAAAUUUUGGUGCACCGAGCUGCACAUUUCAAGGUGCACAUUUUAGUGCAGCAAAUUUUGGUGCACCGAGCUGCACAUUUCAAGGUGCACAUUUUGGUGCGGCAAAUUUUGGUGCACCGAGCUGCACAUUUCAAGGUGCACAUUUUGCUGCACAUUGUGCGAAAAACUCAUACGAGUCCCACUCAAGACCGGAGCGAUCUAUUUGUCCGAAAUUAUGCAUCCACGCAAACCCCAUGACCCGGAUAAAAAUAUAG